AUGCCGAGCGAAGAGCCCAGAAAAUGCCCAGUGAGUGACGAGUCCAACAAAAAGGUUGUAGUCGAGCUUAAGUGGCUUGAGAGUGAGGGUAACGCCAGCAGGAAUGCUCCGUGGAGCCGCAGGCGUGUGCCAUCAAGGCCUCUCUCACUCUCGCCGAGGUUGAUAAGGACCGACAGAAAAAUCAAAACUGGCUCAACAAGAAGUGUGACGCCAAUGAAAGACAAUGACCUGUCCAGUUCAGCUGAUCUGUUGGGAGGUAAGACACUGGGUACACAUUCAGCACAGAGAUCAACUAGAGAAAAUGGUUAUGCAUUUGAGGACACGAAGCCUUUGAGUAGGACGUUAACAAGAUCUGCAACACCGUUUGAUACCACAUCAAGAAGUUUCAUGCCUGUUAAUAUUCCUCAGGGAGCUCUCCCUCUGUCAAGAAACCUUGACUUGCCAGAGAUAACAGAAGAACAGGAUAAAGUUCCUAGCAUUGUAGAAGAAAUGGACCUUCUGACGACAUACCAUGGAGCAGCGUCUUCUGCUCGUUGCUCACUGACGACGUCCCAGAAGUUACAGUCGAAAGAAAAGAUCGGAGAAGAGGUCAUUGCUAUGCAUUGCGAACUAAGAACUGACUCCGAAUAUUACAGGAAAAAGAUGAGAGCCGCAGGUCUGCACGAAGCUGUACUCCUGGGGGAUCUUAAAACGAUGGAAUCCAUCUUAGAGGAGACAGAUACUGACGUGAAUGUGACCGAUGGAAUGGACAGAACAGCUCUACACUUGGCGGCCGACAGAGGUCAUAAGGACAUCGUUGUGAUGCUCAUUGCAAAAGGGUGCCAAGUGAACUCGCCUGAUGUGGAGGGUCGGACGCCACUGCACUUUGCGGUUGAAAGCGGAGAUCUGGACGUAGUCUUGGCCCUUAUGACUGCAGGAGCUGAAGUCGAUGUUGUGGAGAAGAGGCGAGGAAGGACCCCCAUUCACCUGGCCAUCGUUGGCAAUAAUCUCGACAUACUGAAGGUCCUGUUACAGCCGCUCGUAGAUGAUCCACAGCUGGGAGACAGGUUAUUGAAAUUAACCGAAAAGGACGGAAGAACUCUCCUACAUAUGGCGGCUCAUCACGGCAUCCUGGAGGCGACAUACAUGCUGAUCAGCGCAGGCGCAGAGGUCAACACCAAAGACGCGUCUGGAAAUACGCCUAUGCACGCAGUCAUCCUCACUAGGCUGCGUAGAAAAGAUAGAAUCUGCUCAAAAGUGUUGGAGGUCCUCCUGGAAUCCGGCGGAGACGUCGAGGGCGGAAGCGAAGGAGAAAAUACCGGCGAAGCUGGGACUCUCCUUCAUGCAGCUGCAUUUGCAGGAUGUCUGGACUGCGUGAGGGUUCUUCUCAAACGUUCUGCCAAAUUAGAAACGAAGAAUUUCUACGGCAAAACGCCCUUGCAAAUCGCCAUAGAAGAAAACCACGUGGACAUCGUGUCGUUCCUAGUAGACAACAACGCCUGCAUGGAAACCACGGAUUCGAGGGGUCAGCGGCCUCUCCAUUACGCCAUCAUGUCAGAUUCCCCUGUGCUAGUCGAAGAGAUCCUUCGUUCUGGGGCAGACAGGAACGCCAGGGAUAAGGACGGAAACACCUACUUCCAGUUCGCCGUGAUCAAGAGGCGCUACCAGGCCCUGGAUGCUCUGGUCAAGGAGAAAGUGGUAGAUGUUGGAGAAGAGCAACAGGCAAUUCAUUACUGCGCCUCGGUUGGGGAUCAGGCUGCGAUUGAUGUCCUUCUGGACAAUGCCUUCAACAUCAACGCCACCGACGCCAAAGGACGCACCGCCCUGCACCUGGCGAUCAGCAGCGGCCACGAGAGCCUGGUCCUGCACCUCUUGGCGAACGGCGGAAGCGCUCGACGAGCGGACGACAACGGCGCCACGCCCCUCCACUACGCUGUCAGGUGGGGAGGCUCGGACGCCCUUCUCAGGCGCCUCCUGAAGCAGAAGGGUAACGUCAAUGAGGUCGACAGGCUUGGCAGGACACCUCUCCAUUACGCAGCCAGCAAGAGCUCUAUCAUGUCGGACAUGUACAUCCUGAUCAACAACGGAGCCCAGAUCAACGUGCGAGACGACAGGGGCCUGACGCCCCUCCACUUGGCGGCGCGCCUGGGGAACGAGUCCCUGGUGCGGAUCCUGCUGGACAACGACGCCCGUCACGACCUCCCGGACUGCGACCAGUUCCUGCCCGUCGACCACGCCAGGGAGAACGGCCACAAGUGCAUCAUCAAGCGCCUGGAGGCGUACCACAUCAAGAAGGAGAGAGACAAGGAGGCGCGCCUCAAGUUCUACGUCCCGAAGAAGGAGGAGGAGGAGGAGGAGGUUCCGGAUGUGAUGGACUUGCAGAACACGAAGCAGGUCAUGGGUCUCAAGGACGAGGAGCAGGUGGUGGUAUUUGGAGGAGGAGGAGAAGAAGAGACAUGACCCAGUCUCCCUUCGCUCGAGUUUUUCAUGAUUUUAAAAAUUUUUUAUCGUUAGAAUCGAUCGAUACUACUUACAGGCACUCUUAGAAAAGAAAAAUCUCUAAUUUCUGCAUUUUGGUUUAUGUGAUGGAGAUGAUGGGUGAGACAGUAAUGAGGAAAGGUUUGAAUAAUUACUUAGCGUCCAAGUUCUUCAGAUAGAGCAGUUAAGGGGCUUGAUAAACUCUAUGAACAAAGGUAGGUGAUACGACACAAAUGGCUGAAAACAGAGAUGUUAAUCAACUAGAUUCUACUAGGAGGUCCUUAUGAAUAAAUACAGAUAAAUUUCUUCAUGAGCAAGUCAAAUAUUCUAGGCUCCUUUUCCUGAUAGGAUUGUUUUAGCACUAUCCAAAAUACUGGGAGAAUUCAUGUAAAUUGCAAAAGAUCUGUAAUUUUUAAAUGAAAAAUGUACGUCUUAUGAAGCAAACCGCGAUUUAGUAUGCUGAAGCCUUAUCACUUAGACCGGGAGUGCAAAAAAAAAAAAAAAAAAACAAAAAAAAAAAAAAAAAAAAAAAAAAAAAAAAAAAAAAAAAAGGUCUAGUUUGCACUUCAUUGAAACCUCAAUUAUGCCCAAGUAAUCGUUAUUUUAAAGAUGGAAAUAUGGCACCAACUACAGAUAGAAACAAGAAUCUGUACAAUUAUCUUACAGUGAUGCUAUUCAGAACGGUUCUUAGCUAUUUGGCCUUAGAAGCCUAUUGCCAAUACUUACCAGAACUUGAAGAGUACUGUCUCAAAUUCAUUAAUUAUGACAAUAUUAUCUAAUAAAAUAAUCCUUCUAAUUCACGUUUCAGAACGAUACAAAGCACGACUUUUUCAUAAAUUUAAAAAUAAAUGAAUAAAACAGUCGUGCUUUUCUAUCCUUCUGGAACGUGAAUUAAAACGAUUUUUCUAUUCGAAACCUGUCAAAGAAAAUAUUCGUAAAGACGCUAAAGCUGGCAAUGAUGGGAAUCUAUUUUUUAUAGUUAAGAAAAGAGAAACAUGAAACCAUAACAAUUAAAAAUGCUACCUGUAAUGACUAAUUUUAACUGCUUAACUUUCACUCGUUCUAUAUAAUGUAGUUUUUUGUCAUUCUUUUAUAACUGCACUGUGUCCAUUGCAUAAAAGAUUUGUUCAUGUGAGUCUUAUAACGUACGAGUCCUGCUUAAGGUUGGAGAGUCUGUGAUAAUUUUUUGGUUUAAUCAGUUUUAUAACAUUUUCCCUUACUCGGGGAGUAAGCUUGCAAACUACUUUGUUGUUGUUGUUGGGUGGGGGAGGGGGUUGGUAGAAAGCCGUAUGGAAAAGCCUAAAAAGGUCUGAAAGACUUGCUUAGCGUUGAGGUAAAGAUACAGGAAUUUUAAGAUAGGAUAUUUAAGAUUUAUUUAUUAGAAUGAAAAUGUAUAGAAUAAAUAAUGUGCAUGUUAAACAGUACAGAACAAUUAUUUCCGAUUAAACAUAGCCUAUUUAUUUUAAUUUUCGUUGGUGAAACGACGCGAUAUUUGACCUUAGAUUUUAGCAUGUCCCCCGAGUAAGCUGCUUGCCUUCAAUGUUCUUUUAGCAUAUUGAAUCUUAUUAUGUCUUGAUAAGAGUAGAUUCAACUAACUCUUACGUAACAUUUCUUCACCUGGGAAUCUACUUACAGAAAAAGCUCAGUUUGACGAGCUGGUGAUUUUGUUAUGAGUUCCUGGUGAUCUUUUUUUAAAUAUGAUUCCACAAUCGAAGUAAAUUGUACGACCAAUUACCACUCAUCUUUCGUCCUCUCAAAACUAUGCUCUGUUUUUUUCCAUCUGUCCAUCCGGCUGUGGUGUAUGCAUAUGGUAACACUGUGUCCCGGGCUUAAGAUAGUUACAUUCAGCUUACAUUCAACAAUAGUAAUAAUAUCCUAUUUCGAAUAUUAAUGGUGUAAUUAGCAUACAGUAAUUUAUUAAAACACUUUUCAGUUGCAAAUGUACACCCAGAUAUCCUUUUAAUUACCUAAAACUUACACAUAGCAUAACUAUUUAAAGCCCAGGACGCAGUGUUACCAUGCAAAAACACCACAGGCGGGUGGACAGAUGGAAAAAAAAAACAGAGUAUAGAAAUUAGGUAGAUUUCACUACCGCUCUUUUCUUAGCCAUUUGAAUUUAAGCUCUGUUUUACUAUUUCGUGUAUUGUGGAUGGCAUAAAUUCAUAAGGAAAUCUGUAGAAUGUAUGAUCGCUUUUGACAUUGUAGCAUCAACUAAAGAUAUAGGAUGUAACACAGCUUGAGUUAUACUUUCUUUUAAAAUGGUAAAUAACUAGUGCUCGGUGAGCUAAAGAUCAUUAUGGCGAGGUGAUGAAUUCUUACAACGAAGCUAUUUGAAGAUAUUUGUAACAGUGAAGUGUAUUUUACAAUUUUAAUAAAAUUGCUUGAAAA